AUGGAUCAGUUCUUUGUAGACUCUUCGGUUUUUCAAAAAGAAGACAACUUAUGGGAUCUAAUCACCGACGACAUCUCCGGUUACUUUGACAAAAGCGUCAGUGUAAUAAACAGAAGUGCCUUUAGGCCAUACGUGAAGGGAACAGAAGAUACGUUGGUGUCUUCUUCAUCGAAAGUGAACGUGAAGAAGAGAAUGGUGAAUUUGCUGAGGAUGAAUUGGGAGAAGAAGAAAUCCGCGGCGGCGCCGGAGAAAGAGAGAUGUCGGAGACAUAUGUUGAAAGAAAGAACAAGAAGAGAGAAACAAAAACAGUGUUACUUAGCUCUCCAUUCUCUACUACCAUUUGCUACUAAGAAUGACAAGAAUUCGAUUGUCGAAAAAGCUGUGGAUGAGAUUGGGAAAUUGCAAAGAAUAAAGAAAGAACUAGAGAGAAGAAUCAAGGUGGUUGAGGCAAAAUCAGCAAAUGAUGAUGAUAUGAGUUUUACAAAGGUUCGGUUUAGUCUACAAGAACCUUUUUCUGGACUUGAUUCAAUGUUAGAAGUUCUUCGUUGUCUUAAAUCAAUGAAGACAAAACUCAAAACGGUCCACGCCAGUUUCUCUCCUCACGAGUUCUCUACAACCAUGAACAUCCAAACUCAGAUAAGAGGAGAAGAGGUUGAGAAGAAAGUGGAGAGAAGACUCCAAGAAAAUGAAUGGAAAUUUCUGUUUCUCUCAUAA